CGCACACCAUAGCAGCCCUGCUCUACUUCGUUGGCGAGCGAGUAGAGAGGAGUACCGUAAAGAGGGGAGUAAAGCACAUUUCUAUUGUACAUGUUUUCCCUUUAAUGAACAGUACGUUAUAUAAUGUCCGAGAAUGUCCAUUUCUGGAACUCUAAGCAACUACUAUGUCGAUUCUAUCAUAAGUCAUGAGGGAGAAGAUCCGAACGCGUCCCGCUUCUCCAAUGUACAGUACUCCAGCGCUAGACAACCGGGACCCGGCGAGCAUCCCGAGUUCCCCUCUUGUAGCUUCCAGCCCAAGCCUCCAGUGUUCAGUUCGUCAUGGAGUCCAUUCAGUUCCCACGCGUCCAAUGGCUUACCCGCGGUCUACCAUCCGUACAUACCGACGCAGCCAGUGCCUUCAACGGAUACUCGAUACCUCCGCACAUGGCUCGACUGUGCUCCGAGAGCAGAGCCUCUGCCCGGGCAAGGACAGGUCAAGAUGGAGCCGCUCCUGGGACAUCUUGGGGAACCACCGAAACUAGUUGGCCAGCAUGAGUAUAUCUUGGAGUCCUCUACAGCACGGGAGAUGAAUUCUGGUCACAGCGCCGGGUUUGAAGACAAUAAGGACAUAUGCGAAGGCAGCGAGGACAAAGAGGGACCGGAUCAAAACGACCCAUCUGCCAACUGGUUACACGCUCGAUCAUCCCGGAAGAAGCGAUGUCCAUACACGAAAUAUCAGACCUUGGAGCUAGAGAAGGAAUUUCUGUUCAAUAUGUACCUCACCCGAGACCGGAGACACGAGGUAGCUCGCCUGCUGAACUUGACAGAGCGACAAGUAAAAAUAUGGUUCCAAAACAGAAGGAUGAAAAUGAAGAAAAUGAAUAAGGACCAGCCCAAAGAAUAAUAACGCAGACUGGUGCCAGGCGUCCAAGCCUUUUACAAAGAGUCUUUUAAAUCUGGAAGCUGAUGCAAGAAUGUUUUACUGCAUCAAAAAGAAAACGCACACACGCACUCACACACCAUUUUCCGUAUGACUGGACAGUGUUAAGCAUAUAGCGUAUAAGGAAGAGGUGAGAUGAUGCAGAGGAGGGGGGAAAACGUCGUGCCAUCUCUCCCUUCUUUUAUUGCAUUUUAUGACUUGUGUGAAAGAAACACUUCAUCAGGAAAUAAACAGGUGAUAAGGAACUGGUUUCAACAAGCUAAGAACAGCUGAAAUAUUGUGUUUUUAUAUGUUGUUCUCUAUAAUUCUACAUUUUCAUCAUUCCUUUUGUCAUAGACGUGUGCUGACAUAAAAUGUAUUUAACAAAACAUAAGCCUCAUUCAAUAUACAAGGGAAGUUUUGCUUAUCUGUAAAGCAUGUUCACGUGUUUGCUAAAGACGUGAGCUCUCUUUUACAAAAUUAUUAUUAUUAUUAUUAUUAUUAUUAUUAUUAUAUAAGAGCGGAAAAACUGCCUUUAGCUCGUAGUGUCUAUACCAUCCGUGAAGCAGUUAUUGAAGUGUGCAUAUGCUAACGGUUUUGAAAAACCUUUUGAAGUUUACGAUAUUAUAAAUUAGCUCCUUUUGACAUUUACUUGUACGCAGAGAUGUGUGGUAGAGGCGCACUUAUAAAAUGUCUCGGCUGAUUCGAAUGUAUCAAUAAUAGUAAUAAUAAUAAUUUCUACACUUGAUUACAGAUCUUUUCUUUAGGCUUUAGCUUCUAUCAUAGUUUCCUUCAAUAGUGUUUAUAUCAUUUGGGGUCAAAAUCAAGAAUCAAACUUAAGUAAUUAAACACGAAUGAAAUGAAUGGUUUUACCUACUAUUUUUUGUUUUGCGUUCAAAUAUCCCAAAAUAAUCCUUUUAAAAAUUAGAGUGCAGGUUCCCGAGUGUAUGUAUUUGUAGCGUGCCAGUAACCAUAGAAUUAAUUCGUGCUUAAAUGUAUAACAACAUUUAAUACAGAUUCGGUCGCAGUUGUUUACAUAAAUUUGCGCAUGCCUCGUAUUGUGUAGUGUUAUUGAAAAAACUAGUAUUAAUUCGAAGCUGUUUUAUGUGCGGUCUAAGGAUUGUUUUAAUUUAUUGUAAAUACGUUAAUAGUUUUUUUUUUCUUUUAAAUGGAAUGUUUUAUAUGUUGUAAAAAGAAUUUAAAAAAAUAAGUCAUACUUGAAUGAGCUGAUACACGUAACCUUUUAAUUUUCCUAUUUUGUUUACACGUUCCAUGUAUAUGUCCAGAAUCAUGUCCGUUGUCCAUUGUCAGUGAUGUUUUUCUGUAUUUGCGCGUUCCUUCAAAUUACUUUGCUGGUUUAGAGGUUUGUUUAAUGUUUUUGUGUUUUGACCUCACAGAAAUCGAGUGCGGCUAUCUUCAAAUGUCAAUUACUCCUUAAAUUGUUAGUGGUCAUUGCAACUGUUUUCCACUUUCUUUGACGCAUGUCCAGUCAGGAACACACACACACACACACACAAACACAAACAAACAAACAAACACAUCUGUGCUAUUUUCUGAACCGCUCGUUUCAAGGCUUCUGUACAUUUAUUAAAAGACAAAUAAUUGCGUCACUAGACUUUAACCCGCAACGCCGGAUCUAAAUUGUUUUCGUACAAGACUGCUCUUUAAUACUGCGUCUCGUUUGUGUUAUUGUUUUGUUGUGUUGUUAAUCUGUGCUAUUGCACUGUUGAUGCUGGACUCAUUAAAAGUUUACAUAUAGACCACACACAGGUAUUGUCAUUUUUAUGGAUAGAGCUAACGCAGGUUGGUGAAAGAAACCCAGUUACAAUAUGAUUUAAAAUGUAAUGUUUUUUUUGUUUUUUUUCUAAUUGAGUGCACAGUCUGAUGUAUCACUGCAGCAAAA